UCUUUCUUUUCUAUUCUUUCCGAUCCCUAUCGUCAGAUUCUUGCUGCCCUGCCCGAGAUGGCCGCCAGAAAUUGGUCACGCGUAUGGGUAGGGGGAACCGUCAUCCUCAUCUCCUUCAUCGCGUUCUCCUCCCAAAUAUUUGUCAUCUGGCCAUGGUACGGCCGUGAGAUCAGCUUGGAUCUGCUCAAGCUCCUUGUCCCUCUCAAUUUGGCCGCAUUCAUGAUCUUCUGGAACUACCGUUUAUGUGUUAUAACGUCUCCUGGAAGUGUACCGGAAGGCUGGAGGCCGAAUAUUGGUGCGAUGGACGGUAUGGAAGUUAAAAAGGGCACACAUACACCCAGAUACUGCAAGAAUUGUGAACAUUACAAACCGCCAAGAGCACAUCAUUGCAGGCAGUGCAAAACAUGUUGGCUCAAACUUGAUCACCAUUGCCCUUGGAUUGGUAACUGUGUAGGCUUCUAUAACCAAGGACAUUUCAUUCGAUUUUUGCUUUGGGUGGACAUCGGCACGACGUUCCAUCUCAUUAUCAUGGUCAGGCGUGUACUUUAUAUUGCCGAGUACUACCAUCAGGAGCCCACACUCGCCGAUGUCUUGUUCCUUGUUUUCAACUUUGCUACCUGUGUCCCUGUCUGGUUAUGUGUCGGCAUGUUUUCCAUCUACCACGUAUAUCUUGCGUGCGGAAAUAGUACCACCAUUGAAGGUUGGGAGAAGGACAAAGUGGCUACCCUUAUUCGCAGAGGAAAAAUCAAAGAAGUCAAGUAUCCUUAUAAUAUUGGCAUCUACAAGAACAUCAAAUCGGUCCUCGGGCCCAACCCAUUUCUCUGGCUUUGGCCUCAAAAGAUGCAAGGCGAUGGGCUGUCGUUCCCCGUCAACCCUUCAGCAGGUGGUGAGUCAGCAACAGUCGAAUGGGCAGGUAUCGUGGCGCCACGGGAAGGGUCGUCUGCUCCUGGCGAAUAUGGGGCCGCCGAUCAGUGCGAAAGUGCUGGAAGCGGCAGUGGGACCAAUGGUCGCCCCGGAAUGGGGCAUGGCGAGGAAAGGGUGCGCCAUGGGCGAGCGAGAGUAGAGCAUUCGAUGGUGUAGAUGGCGUAAUAUCACACGACUCAGUAUUUUUGGCCUCCUCAAGAUCCUUCUAGACUCCCUAAUCCACCUCCCAUUCCUGCCCACGCCUCUCCAUUCGUUUAUGGCAACAAUGGGUUCAAUCCCAACCUGCAGCCUACAAACUCGCUUCGUGCUCGUCGGAGUAGCACGCCCCAUAUUGAUGAGGACGAGCAUUCACACGAACGAGACCAAUACCGUCAUUACUCUUCAGGCGAAGAACGUGAUAACGACUCCAUCUCCACUUCAAGCUCACCUAAGCCAUAUCUGUCUGAUUAUGAUCAUUAUGAUGAAGGGCCUAUGUAUCCCGGAGAAAGGAUGACUGCACUGAUUCCAAGGGUGAGAAGAGGAAGUGAAGGGUGGGAAGUAGCUCCUGGGGGUGGUUGGAAUGCCUAUUCUGGAAUGAUGGAUGAAGAAGUCGGGUGGGAUGACGAGGUUGGGUAUGAUGAAGCGCCUGGGGAAGGUCCGUAUGUCGAGAGACCGUGGGAGAUGAGAGGACGAUAUAACGUUUAUGAUACGGAGGAGGAAUCGGGAUACGCGCAUUGAUGAGGGGGCAUAUUGCAUUGAUUCAUGGUCAUGUGUAUGUAUGAUAUCUGUUGUCUGUGGAUUGUGACCACCUCUUGCUGGAAAGACAUCGGCGGAAACUCUAUCGAAAUAGAAGUCGU